GCUGCUUUCUGGUUGCUGUUGGCCACGCUUUUUGGCCACCAAACGGAUUCAGUGCAGCGGCGACUCUCGAACGCAUUAUUUUUUCCUCCUCGUCGUUGUCGUCGCGUUUAACUGAAAUAAUAACAACAACAACAACGAGAGCAGCAGCAACAUCAGCAGCAGCAACAGCAACAGCAACAGCGACAGCAGCAACACCAUUGCCAGCAGCAACAUCUAGCCCAAAGGAGCCUUGUAUUGCCACCUCGACCAGCAAAAAGCCGCCAAAAUGCUUCCGUUCCGGCGUGGAGCGGCCUGGCAAACGCUCUUCCUGCUCUGCGCUCUCGCCUAUUGCAUAAAUGAAGCCAGCAGCGAGGGUCGCGUGGUCUGCUACUACACAAACUGGAGUGUCUAUCGGCCGGGCACCGCCAAGUUCAAUCCGCAGAACAUCAAUCCAUACCUGUGUACACAUUUGGUGUACGCAUUCGGUGGAUUCACGAAGGACAACCAGAUGAAGCCCUUUGACAAGUACCAGGACAUCGAGCAGGGUGGCUAUGCCAAGUUCACUGGACUCAAAACGUACAACAAACAGCUGAAGACCAUGAUUGCCAUCGGCGGUUGGAACGAGGCGAGUUCCAGAUUUUCGCCCCUGGUGGCGAGCAACGAGCGCCGCCAGCAGUUCAUCAAGAACAUCCUGAAGUUCCUGCGCCAGAACCACUUCGAUGGCAUCGAUCUCGACUGGGAGUAUCCGGCUCAUCGCGAGGGCGGCAAGUCCCGCGAUCGCGACAACUAUGCCCAGUUUGUCCAGGAGCUGCGGGCCGAGUUCGAAAGGGAGGCGGAGAAAACGGGACGCACCCGACUCCUGCUCACCAUGGCCGUGCCCGCCGGCAUCGAGUACAUCGACAAGGGCUACGAUGUGCCCAAGCUGAACAAGUAUCUGGAUUGGUUCAAUGUGCUCACCUACGACUUCCACUCCUCCCACGAGCCGUCGGUCAACCACCACGCUCCGCUCUAUUCGCUGGAGGAGGAUUCCGAGUACAACUACGAUGCCGAGCUGAAUAUUGACUACUCCAUUAAAUACUACCUGAAAGCGGGUGCCGAUCGGGACAAGCUGGUCCUGGGCAUUCCCACCUAUGGACGAUCCUACACUUUGAUCAACGAGGAGAGCACCGAACUGGGGGCACCUUCCGAGGGUCCGGGAGAGCAGGGUGAUGCCACGCGCGAAAAGGGAUACCUGGCCUACUAUGAAAUCUGUCAGACCCUCAAGGACGAUCCCGAGUGGACGGUGGUGCAGCCGAAUGCCAAUGUGAUGGGUCCCUACGCCUACAGGCGCAACCAGUGGGUGGGCUACGAUGACGAGGCCAUUGUGCGCAAGAAGGCCGAGUAUGUGGUGGCCCAGGGACUGGGCGGCAUUAUGUUCUGGGCCAUCGACAACGACGAUUUCCGCGGCACCUGCAACGGCAAGCCCUAUCCGCUCAUCGAGGCGGCCAAGGAGGCCAUGGUGGAGGCACUGGGACUGGGCAUCAACGAGGUGGCCAAGCCAAGUGGUCCCCAGAAACCGUCGCGAUCUCGCAGUCGCGACAAUGCCAGCACCAGGAAUCGUCUGAAUGGCAAGACCGAAGCCACGCCCAGUUCAAGGAGGCCCAGUGCCACCAGAAGGCCAGCCAUAAGCUCCACCAGCACCACCCACGCACCGCCACCGAGCACCACCUUCAAGCUAACGGAGGCCGAGGGCUCUUCGCUGUAUAUUGGAGGCAGGGCCUCCACCACACCGCCACCGCCCACGACUCCCGAUCCGGGCUCGGACUUCAAGUGCGAGGAGGAGGGCUUCUUCCAGCAUCCCAGGGACUGCAAGAAAUACUACUGGUGCCUGGACAGUGGACCCUCUGGCCUGGGCAUUGUGGCUCACAUGUUCACCUGUCCGUCGGGACUCUACUUCAAUCCGGCCGCCGAUUCCUGCGACUUUGCACGCAAUGUGCCCUGCAAGACCAAAAAAUCCACCACAGCGGCACCGGCAGUGAGCUCCACCACACCGCUGACCACCACAGUGCGUUCGAAUCGGGUGACUGCGGCGCCCACAGCUCGUCCCGUUUAUCCACGAACCACCAGCAGCACUAGCACCACCAGCACUACAACCACCACCACAACAACCACCCCGUCGUCUGUUGAUGAAGAUUUGGAGUACGAGGAGGACACCGAUGAGCUGUCGCCCAGCAAGUCGAGCGAUGCCGAGGAGGAUCCGCAGGUGAUCAAGGAGCUGAUCGAUCUGAUUCGCAAGGUGGGCGGUGUGGAGCAGCUGGAGAAGCAUCUGCUGCGCAACAAGGAUGGCUCCAUUACGUUGAAGGAGAAUUCCGCGAGUGGUGCGGCCACCACACCUUCUACUAUUAGUAAAUCUCUGUACGAUCGUGUGUUGAGUCGACCUGGCACUUUGAGUUCCUUCACCCGCAAUCGCUUCAAGAUCAGCGAAGCCACCGAGACGAGCACGGAGGCCAGCUCUUCUUUGAGUAGCUCUUCGAGUGGCUCAUCGAGUGGCUCAUCGAGUGGCCAAUACUCCAAAUACUCCUCCGUCCUGAGGGGCAACAGCCGCCAGGGUCCACAGAACGAGGGCAUUGAAAAGUUGGCCGAGUUCGAUGGCUUCCUGAAGGAGCGCAAGCAAUAUGUGACCAUCAAUCGCCAUCGAUCGGCGAGUCAGGGCGAUGAGGAGCAGGAGGAGGAUCAGCAGGAGGAGGAGGAGAACCUGGCCGAGGUUCAAACAACAACCACCCGUCGUCCGCUGAGCUCAGUCACCCCCUCUUACACGAGUCUCAGACGCACCAGGCCCACCACAGUGGCACCGCCGGCAGAACAACAACCACAGCAGCAGGAGGAGAAGGAGGCGGUGGAGCAACAGACCCAGACUCAGGUCAAAUCCUAUGCCACCUUGAGUCGCACGCGUGGACGCACCACUGCACCACCAGAGGUCACGGAAGCGGCGCCCAGUUCGACAACCAAUCGUUACAAAUACUUUGAGCGUACGCGACCCACCAAGAGUGCCAGUGCCACUGAGGAUGCCAACGAUGAGCCGACGGAGGACCAGGAAGAGGAGGAGUACGAGGACGAGCAAAAGGACAUUGUUACGGUACAGAGCAAACAAAGCACAAACACACGUAAAUAUGCGAGCAUCGGCCGCAGAACAACAACCACCACAACAGCAACACCAGAAACUACAACAACAACAACCGCCGGCACUGAGACUGCCAAGGCCAGCACCACCACCACCACCAACAAGAACAACAACCACUACAACAGCAGCAAUAACAACUACAACAAUGUGAAACUGAAUAACCUAAUACCAACAGAAGAGAACAACACAGCAACACCCAGCACCACCGCCCAAUCCGAAACCACCACCACCACUACAACUAACGAAACCACUGAACCAAAUGAAAGCACCUCAACCACAACCAUAACUAAUAACCUGCAUACCAUCACCACCACCACCACCACACCCACACCCACACCAAUUGUAGCCUCCACUGUCCCAACAACAACAACAACCACCUCCAAUGGCAUUAGCUCAGACUCUCUGCUAGCCACCGAGCUGAGCGAAGCCUCGCCCACCCUCCCUCCUUCCAAUCCCGACAUAGAAACAACCACACCGACAACAACCACCUCAACCACAACAACGGAAUCCGAACUGGCCACUACAACCACACCGAGAACAACAACCACAACAGGCAACAUCGAACUGAAUGACGUGAACAACAACGACGUGGACGAGGACAGCGAGGUAACGAAAACCAAGACCCAAUACAAGUAUGCGACCACCAACCGUCGACGUAUAACCACAACAACAACAACCACCACCAACAACAAUGCAGAAGCAGCGAACGAUGCUAGUCCAACAAACGGUUUGAGUAGUUUAAAUAGCAUUAGAACCAACCCGGGCAGAAGGAAACCCCAAUCAGAACAACAGACCACCCAAACAACAACCACCGAACCAACCAUUUCUAGUCCCCGACCCUUUGGUUAUCCCCGACGUCGCACACGACCCACCAGCACAGUCAGCACUAGCACAACCACAAUUCCCCAAACCGAUAAUACCGAUAAUAAUAACAAUACCGAUAAUAACGAUAACGAAACCGGAGCAGUUGCGCAAGUAGUGAAGAAGACACGACUAUCUCCAGGGGAUAGGCCCAAGGUGAGUGCCAGUCUUCCAACAGCAACAGCAAUCUCCAACUCACGUACCAAAAGCAAAACAACAACCUCCUCACUGCACCACCAAGAGUCCCAAGUAGAAGUAGCUAAUGGUAACGGUGGCAAUGAUAGCUUAAGGCAUGAAGUAGUUAGCUCUAGUUUAAGUCAAUCCCAAAACCACAUCGAUACCGAAAGCGAUAGCGAUGCUGCCCCCCAAUCCCCAACAGAACCACCCACCCAGCAGCAUCUGAAGUACACUUGGCGAGCGGUGCGACGCCCAGUUGCCAAUUCUUUAGCGGGCGACGACAAGGACUCCCGACGCUUCGCCGGCAAGCAGUUGAACACCGAAGAAUCCGAUGGCGAAGAGGAUCUCCAGCAGACCACGAAAUUCCGCAGUCGUCGCCUCAAUUCCGCCGAGGAUGAGUCCGAGGUGGCCCUCGAGGUGGCAACUCGUGGCUCAUCCCGCAGCUACCAAAGCAUCCAGCGGUCGACUGCUAGCAAAACCACCGAAGACGAGUCUCAGAUCCGCUACAAAGCCAUCACUCGCGAUUCCGAAGGUGGAGCUCAUCUCACCGCCGGACGGAGUUCCAGUUUUGUGAGGAAUCUCGGUGAGGCAGCGAAAACCACGCGACCACAGCAACCAAUAAGCCGAGGAGGCCAAAUCUUGGAGAGCACCACUGAAGAUGAAAAUGUGGCUGCCGAGAUAAUCGAUGACGAGAAGAGGGGCGAGACCAAGGCGCCAGCUGGAAGUGUAAAUACUGAUGAUAGUAACACGGCCACCGAACAGGAAUCUCCUGAAAUUGUUACUGAAGCUGCACCACCACAGCUGGAGGUCUCUUCUUCAGAAGCACCUGUCAGCAGCACCACUGAACAAGCGGAAGAAAGUCUAGGAAGCACCACAGAAUUGAAAUCCGUCGAUGCAGAGCCCAAGGAAGCUAAAGACACCAUUGUAGAGAGCAACAACGAAGAAUCGUCGACUGAAAUCAGCUCUUCCGAAGCCCCAAUUAGCAGCACAACUGCACAAUCUGAAGACUUUAGCAGCAGCACCACUGAAUUAAUUUCGGAAGCCUCCAGUGAAGCCUCUGCAAGCAGUUCAGAAGAACCAGAAAGCAGUAGCACCACAGUGGCUAGUGAACAAGAAACCACGACAACUACAGAGAAACCAACUCGACGUACAUUCAACCGCUUUAGCUCAACCACAACUGAAGCUGUGCCAGAAGAAGAAACCACUUCCACGGCAAACCCAAGACGUCGUGUAAUCGUGCGCACCAGAACUAGCACCACUGAAGCAGAAAGCGAAGUCCAGUCAACCACAGAAGGACCAAGAAGACGCGGCUUUUACAGAACCAGCACCACUGAGGCGCCUAGCAGCCAGUCUGAAGUGGAAAGCGAAGUCCAGUCAACCACUGAGGGUCCAACGCAUCGUUCUUUCCCUAGAAGUAGAACCACUGAGGCAACUAGCAGCACAACAGAAGCUCCCAGCAGCCCCACUGAACCAGAAAGCGAGGUCGAGACAACCACCGAGAGUCCGACGCGUCGUUCAUUCUUCAGAAGCAGCACCACAGAGGCUCCCAGCAGCACCACUGAAACUUCUAGCUCCACUUCAACUGAAGAAAUCAAUAGUAGCUCCAUUGGUGAAGAGGUUGAAGCCGAUACAACAACCACCCGUCGUUCGCUUUUCCACAAGAAGACGCCGAACACCACGGAAGCCACAAGCACAACAACCUCUGAAGAUAUCGACGUAAGCAGCUCCACCAGACGUAGUCUCUUCCGCACUAGGAGCACCACAGAGGGCACCAGCAGCACCAUAACAACAACCACCGAAGGAGCUAAGGAGGCUGAAGACGAGAGUGAGUCAACAACUGCUUUGCCACGACGACGUGUUAUAGUCAGAGGCAGUUUUAGGCCACGCAAAGAGGGAGAUCUCUCGUCUCUUCUGGCGGCAGAUGGCAACAAAAGAGCCAGGAAAAACCAGAGCACCACGAGCACAGAAACACCUGAUGCUCCAUCGGCUGCUACCAAGGAAGAGGAAACCGAGCAACAAGAACCGCAAAGUGUGGAGAAGUUGAGCACGGGUCGAACUUCGCUGAAUGCCGUUCGCAACCGCACCACCACAAAAACCGAGAGCCUGGGCAAUGGAAUCACUCGCACUCGCACCACCUAUGUGCGCACUCUGGACGCCGGGCAAAAGGUUGUGAAGCGCAUCCACACCAAAACGGUGGAGGAGAAGCCCGCUGAGUAUGAGUACGUUGUCGAUGAAGUGACCCACCCACCACCGCCCAGCACCACACCGCGUACAGUGACCCGCAAUCGUGGAUCCGUGCGCUUCGAGAGCAACGAUCUUUCUUCCCUGCUGGCCCUGGACUUUGCCUCGCGCAGCAACCGCAAGAAGCAGGCCCAGACAGAGGCGACGGUGACCAAGACGAGAAGACGCCUGCUUAAGAAGCCCAAGGAGACCAUCGAACACGAAGAGGUUGAGGAGUUCGAGUACGAAGCGGGUCAGGAUGGCAACGAAGUGGAAGAGACACCACGUGUGAGCACCACAGCCCGGCCAAUAAUCCGAAGGACCAGGCCGACUAGAGGUAGUACGACAACAACCACCGAACAACCAAACGAAAUCGAGGCCAGCACUCGCAGGGCAAGCUUCGCCUUUAAGCGACCCUCGAAGGCCAGCACAACCACUGAAGAACCAACUACUACCUCUUCAGAAGGCACCACCAGAAGAGUUCUCAACGUUAGAAGACCCUUGAGAACAACAACCACUGCGGCUCCCGUGGAAGAUGAGUCCACGGAGGAAGCCACAUCUGCUCCUGUAGAAACCACCACUAGAAGAGUUCUUGCUUUCAGAAGACCCGUAAGCACAACAACCACAGCGGCUCCAAUUGAAGAUGAGUCUACAGAAGAAGCCACCGCUGCUCCUGUAGAAGCCACCACCAGAAGAGUUCUUGCUUUUAAAAGACCCGUAAGCACAACAACAACCACCACAUCAGCUCCCGUUGAAGAUGAGUCUACAGAAGAUCAGUUGGCGGCGGCGAAGAAACAGUUUGUAAAUCGCUUGAAGACCAGCACCACUACGACAACAACAACCACCACCACAGAAGCAAGCACAACUGCAGCCACCGAAGAAGAUUUGAGCGAUCUCAAAGUACAGCUGAGCAAUGCCAUAAAUCGUUUGCAGACAGAGAAUAAACUAGAAGCCCAGACCAUCAACAAGGGAAGUGAAACGUCCGAGGGUGAUGGCGAUGAUAAGCUUUCCUUGCCGAUUUACCACAGAAGAAAGUACUAUCAGUAUGUGAAGGAUUCGCCGAUCACCUACAUAGACAAGUCGCCCGCACCGCCAGAUAUUGAAAGUGUGACUGUGAACAUUAAGCAGCAAAUCCACGAUGUGUUCAAUGUGAGCGAAAAUGAGUCACCGAGCAAUUCUCUAGGCGAUGAGGGCGAAGAGAGCGACGGCCAUCGCCAGGCGAUGGAGCAGGCCAAGGAAAUCAAUGCCGAACUCGGUCAUUUUUUAUUGAAAACCCCCGGGUCAAAAGUGAAGUCCCAGCGACAGGGAAAGACAUUCAAGACAAUACCACUAGCAACAGACUCGAGCAACGAGACCUCCAAAAUUGUGAGCUAUUCCCUUCUAGAAGAAAGGGAACGAAGCGAAGAUGAAGCCAGGGCUUUACGCACCUACACCAGACUAAACCGCACCCGCUUGACCCUGUCUACCAGAUUGCAGGAGAAGACCCAAAAUGAACCACUAGAAACGACAACCAGAAGAAGCUACAGUGUUCCACAGCGCUUCCGUGUUCGCUCAACGACACCAAAAACAUUGGCAACGGAAAAUAGUGAGGAAGAUGAAGAAGAAAUUAAGGAGAAAUCCCAGGAAGAAUCGCUGGUAGCCAGUUCAACAACAGAAGUACCCACCAAUAGCUUCAAGAAAUUCCCCACCAGAAGAGUGUUCAGCCCCAGAAGACCCGUGAAUGCAGUAGAAAACUCUGAUUCUUCUGAUACACAAAACGACAACGAAGAAGAAUUAAAGGUGGAAUCAACGACAAGGCGCGCCUAUGCCGGUUUGAACCGAUUGAGAGGCAGGGGAAGUAGCACCACCACGACCACCGAGGAAGCCACUGAUUCAACCACCGAAUCAGCCACAACCAAUGAAGUCAGGAGCACAAGGCAACCUUAUGUGGGCAUUAGUCGUAGAGUUACGACUACGACAGCCGCAACUACAACAACCACUGAGAAGCCAGCGGAGAAUGAAAUUGAAAUUAGUGACCAUGAAGAAGAAGACGAAGAGUCAACCACUCUUAGUUCUCUAAACGUGGACGACAUUGAGGAAAAUAAGGUUGAGAUUAAGGAAACAGAAGAAGACGUCGAAAAUAAGGCCUCCGAAGAACCAGAAGACAGCACUGAAGAGCCCGAAUUGGAAGCCCAUAUAGACGAUGACAAUGAGAUCCCUCUAGAAGAAAGCGGACCUAGUACCGAAACCACAACGACAACAACAACCACUACAACCACCACUACACCGGUGAGCACCACCACCACUCGUCGUCAGUUGGUAAUUCGUCGCCGUUUUAAUGGCACCGUAAUAACAACAACCACAACCACCACGGCUGCCCCAGACGCUGAUGAAAAUCUACAGAAUGAGAUCGAUCAAAAUGAUACGGAGAGUUCAACACCAAAAGCGGCAACUACAACUCCACCAAGGCGGCAACUUUUGAUACGCCGACGCUUCAAUGCGACCAAAACAACAACGACAACCUCAAAUCCCAGUGCCGACAAUGAAAUAGAUCAGGGCGACUCAGCUACGGCAACAACAACCACCACCACCACACGGCGAACGAUUCUGUCACGUCGCCGUUUUAAUGCGACUUCCAUCUCAGCAACCACGACGGGAUCAACGAACGGCGACGAGAUUAGCACACGUCGUCCGUAUGCGGCCUUGAACCGCUCACGUAAUCGCUUCACAACACCGCGAACAACAACCACCGACGGUGGGGAAAAUGACGGCGAUGAUGAUGAUGAUGACGACGAUGAGGAGCAGGUGUCAGUGUCACCGCCACGUGCCGUCUUCCUUCAAACGAACCGCCAUCGAGCUCUGCAACGCACACCCGAGGAAGAAGAGGAAGAGGUGCCGGCACGUAAACCACCCAACUUUGCAGCUCGUCGCACCACCGGAGCACCACCGAGACUAAGCUCCAGCACAAGACGCAAUCUGGUGGCACUCAAUAGAAAUCUAUACCACCGAGCGGAGGGAUACGAUGAUCAGGAUGGGGAAGAGGAAGAACCGGAAGAACCCGAAGAGGAUGAUAAUGAAAAUGAAGAGGAGGAGGAGGAGGAAGAUGAACAACAACCAUCCGUAGAUCCCCAAAUCACAAGCACCACUGCACGUUCACGACUUGGUCAACUGCUUGCCAAUAGGCAAAGACAACCACUCAGGACAACAACCACCCAAAAACCGACAGAGACAAAAACUGACUUGGACAAUGAAGAAGAUAAUGAAGAAAACGAUGAUGAUAAUGAUGAUGAUAGCUCCGCUGAGGUAUCGAACAGUAACCACACACUUAACCACAACAACACUCGGGGGGGAGGCACCACCACUAACCCUAACAAUCUUACUAACCGUAGCACCGCACUGAAUGUAGCUAGUCAACGUAGUAACAGCACCGUAGCCAAUUAUAUUAAUCGAUUCAGGUCAAACAGUUACACAAACAACAGCAAAAACAAACCAGUCACAGUCACAGCUAAUCUUAAGCCAGAUAGUCCAGAUAACGGAGAUGAUAAUGAUAAUGUUAACGAUGAUGAUAACGAUGCUAGUCUAGAGAAUGUUGAGGGGGAGGAGAAGAGAACGAGUGGGGCUGGUUUGAAUGCCUUAGGUAAUGAUGUUAAUUCCACACGACGCUUUCAGAAUCGUUAUCAAUUGAGCCGCACCAGAGGCAGCACCACCAACACCACCCCAACAACACAACAACCCCCAACAACAACCACCACAGCCAGAAGACUGGCCUUUGGGGGCCGUCAGCGUGGCCAGGUAACUAAACUAACCCUAGUCGAUGAGCAGACUGAAGAACACAAAGAGGAAGAUGAUGAUGGAGAAGAAGAGGAGAAGGAGGCGGAAGAAGACUCCAGCACAACAACAACCACCACAACCACCAGCAGACCAACACCAAAGCGCAUACGUGUGCUGAAAUUCCGCAGACCCUUGAAUAGCAAUAGCAAUAGUACCACUGUAGAUAGCACCACUAAUAGCGCCACUGACACUAAUAACCCAGACACCACCACACCAACAACAACCACAUUGAGCCAAAGCAGCAACACCACCACCACCACAAACACCACUGGCAACAAGCGUUUCCGCAAAAUUGUCCGCAAACUGAGGCCUGUGGUGGACUCUUCGAGUACCGCGUCUAGUGUGGACAAUUCCGAGGAAACCACCCGUAAACCUUUCGUUCCCAGCCACACCAGAUUCACGGAUUUGCAGGACAACAACAACGAUCUGGUGAAUCUUCGCCAGCGGAUCAAGGAGCAGCAAUCACGGGGCGAGCCGCAGGAUGGUGUGAUCAGCAAUCGAUUCAAGACCCUCGGUCAAAAGGACGAUCAGGAUGUUUCGGAUUUGCAGAGGUUGCGCGACAAGGUGAAGGCCGAACAGGCGAGAGGAGAGGGUGAGCAGGGUGUGAUCAACGAUCGCCUGAAGAAGUUGCUGGCCGAAAAGGGCACAAGUACGAAUUCUCGCCAGAGAGAAGAAUCCUCGGCCACAGAAGACGAGUCUUCCGCGUCGGUUUCCUCGGCCAGACCCUUCUUCAAACGCAAACUGGUGGCCCGUCGACCCUAUACACCAACCUCGGGCAGUGGUGGCACCACCAAGGCACCACUCGCCUUCAGCACCACCCGACCCACCGCGAAGUUUGUGCGCAAGAAGAACGGCCGCUUCGAUCCCUUCAACUCGAGUGUUCGCAAUCGCGGCGAGGGCUUCGUGAGAAGCGAUCCCCGUGGCUCCAGAUUGCCGGGAGCCGAUCGCUUCAAGAGUCAGUCGGAAGACGGUGAGGAGGUGGAAGAAAGGCAUGUGCAGAAUCAGUUUGCCACCACCUUGCGACGACCUUUUGUGCCGAAGACGCGAUCGGAGGUGACUAAACCACAGCAGGUUGGAGAUGAAGAGGGCAGUGAGGAAGAAGACGACGAGGAAGAGGAGGAGGAUUCCGAGGAAGAGGGCGGCGACGAAGAGGAGGAUGAGGAAGAAGAUGAGGCGGCUGAGAAGAAUCAGCCGGAAGAGGAGGAGAAAAAGUCCCAGAACAACCCGUACAAGCCCAAGGAUAACCGCGUGCUGCCGGGCAGUCGACCCACCUUUGGAGCCACCGGAAGUGGACCCACUGGCUCCGCAGGCAACGUGCCCUUCAAUCCCCGCCAGCGUCCAUCAUCUUCAAGCAGCAUUGCACCACCGGCCAACCGCUUUGGCACCACCAAGCGACCACGCGUCGUCAACCGACCACCCGGAGUGGCCUCACCUAACUUGACCUUGAAACCGGUGGCCAGUGAUUACGAGCGCACCACACCGCUGACCCUUUUGAAGCCGGCACCCUUUAUACCCAGCAAUAAUAGGAGCUACGAGCGAAAAUACACGGGUCCCUCCACAGAGGCCUCUGAGACGGCCAGCGAGAAUUCGCUGAUCGAAGAGCUGAAUAUCGAUGCGCUGAAUGCGAGGAACAAGAAGAUCUUCGACAAGCACAGCAAGAAGCAUCCGGCACUGAAGCCCAAGGUGGUGAAGGUUGAGGAGGUGGAAACCGGAACGGAGGCGGUGGCGGUGGAGGAGGAAACCACCGAGGAGCAGCAGCAGGAACAGGGCUUUGUGACCACCACACCCAGUACACCACUAGCACCACCACCACCCAGCACACAGUCAGACACACCAGCCACCACCACCACAGACACCACGCCACCAGAAACAGAAACUGAAACUGAAACAGAAACUGAAAUAGAAACUGUAACCGAAACUGAAACAGCGACCAAUGCUAAUGAAGCCACUUCCAUCAAUUCACAGGAUCAAUCGAGCAGCAGCAACAGCAGCAGCACCACUCAGGCACCACCGCCUGCCACCACCCUGCUGCAUGUGUUCACCCUGCUCGAGGGUGAGGGUGAGUCCGAGAAUGAGGGUGAAACCACCACCACGACGAGAAGGCCGACGCAGAAGGCCCGUCUUCAUCCCACUGUGCAAACGGAGGUGGUGCCCAAGCACAAGUUGAUCGAGAUCAAUCGCAUUGUCGAGAUCAAUUCGAAGCAGGCCAAGGCUGCUCAGCGGAAAUCGAAGGCUAAUCAGGACUUUGGAACGCUGCGCGUGGAAUCGCUGCCCCAUGUGGAGCAGCUGGGCGAGAUCAGUGUGGUGAAGUACGUCCAUCUGGUGGAUGGAAGUGAUAUUCAAAUCAAUGAUGGCCACAGCACAGUGGCUGAUUAUACGCCCACGGAGCCCAACUUCUCAGCUUCGUCGGCACCUGUGAGGAAUUCCCUGCCAGAAACGGAAACAACCGAUACCGAAACCGAUCGUAGUGGCAAAUCCUUGGUUCCAGAAGUGCUGACCGGCGCCCUGGAGACCUCGACCAUCUCGCUGGAGGGACUAUUCGAUUCCGCCAGGAAGGGCAAGCAACUGAGCAGCAAUAGCAUUAUCAGUGAAACAGAAGAGAGCACCACCAUUAGCAGCAGCAGUGCUGCGGCCACCGAAACCACCGGGGAGACAACCACACCGGCACCCACUUACCUGCGUCAACCGACGACUGGCAGCGUUUCGCGGCGACCGGUGUUGAGUGUCCGCCGGCGGAUUAUCAACUCACCGACGUCGGCGGCGGUUGAGGCCACCACCACGCAGCAGCCAGCAGAACCGCCAACGACCUCCAAAUACAACCGACUGCGCAGCAGACCCUCGGCAGCAGCAGCAACUACGACAGCAGCAGCAGCAACCACAACCUUCCCAGCAGCAACAUCUGUUGCUGGCGGCAGAACCAGCAGCAACAUCUACCUGAACAAGCUGAAAGCUAAGAGCGGAGCAGCUGCGGCAGCAUCCGGCGAGGCAGCAACACUGACGCCAGCAACUAGCAACAUCAGCAGCAGCAGCAGCAACAUCGCCAGCAAUGACAUCACACAAAAGCAACAGCAACACAAGUUCCAGCCCGCCAGCUUCGCGCUGCGCCGCCAAUUUCAAACGCGUCGACUGACAACCUUCGCACCGGCGGCCAACGGCGAUGAGAGUGCCACCGAUGUGCCGCGAACGCAGAACCCGCUCUUCAAGCGUCGCCUCACCCUGAUAUCCACCACACCGCCAUCCGCUCGCACCACCAACCCACCAAACUCGGCCCUGGAAACCACCACCACGCUGUAUCUGAACGACGACGACGAGGAUCAGGUGGCCAAGUCGAGCAUUCACACCAGCCGCUUCAACCAGAUCCCGGAGCAAGUGCGUCCGCGCGAGGAAUUCGAACUGCCAUUGCCGGCGCAGCCACUGAAGAGCCCCAGCUCCACGGCCAGCACCACCGCCAAUGCACCACUGCCAGUGAUUAGCCAGGGAAUAAGACGCCAGUUGAUACCGCGCCCCCGUCGACCGCAGUCGACCACGGCCACGCCCCUGACCACGCCCACGCUGGGCUCAUCCCAGGGGUCGACCACGCCGGCCGGACACUCGGCUCCACCGCUCUCCCGUCGCCAGCAGAGUCGUCGUCGUCCGCACAAGUACAUCGAGGUCUACAGCCGCCCGCCGGCCAAAAGUGCCGUGCUCACGGCCACCGCGAGCAGUCAGCUGGCGGCGGAGGACGGGGGCUACCAGGUGGCCCAGAGGCGGCGCAGCGGAAGCAUCGCACCGGCCAAGAGUGGCCAGGACACCAAGGUCAUUGUCCACGGGCGGGGAAUCAUCGAGUGCCGGGCGCAGGGCAACUUUCCGCACCCGCUGAACUGCAGGAAGUUCAUAUCGUGCGCCAGGUUCGAGGAGACCGGCGGCAUCGUCGGCUGGGAGUACACCUGUCCCAAGGGACUCACCUACGACGGCGUCGGCGGGAUGUGCACCUGGUCGCCCUCGGAUCAGCCCUGCCGGGACUAGACUGAUAUAAAAAAAAUAACAAAAAAACCACUGCCCCUAAAUAAGCCUAGAAAAGCCCUAAAAAACCCUUAAUCAUUUACCCAAAUCAUAUACCCUAAAUCAUAUUCGAUUGAAAAAGAGGAAAAUCAAAUUUUAAACCCAUUUGUACAUGUUUUUUCCCAAUUUGUGAUUUGUUCUGAAGCAGCCGAGAUUGAAAACGAGAGAAGCGAGAGGAGAAGGAAGAAAGUGGAAAUUCUACGUUAAUUAUUCUUAUUUAAGCUUAGUGAUAUCUCAACCCAAUUUUUUUUGCGCCUGCCAACUCAGUAGUAAGCAAGAAAUAUUGUCUGUAGUUCACCAUCCCAUAUAUAUAUAGCGCCAUAUAUAUGUGGUUGUGCGUGUG